AAUGGGAGGGUGUCUCGGUAUGUUAGGUAGGAUACACGGAAGUGUCGCCGUGCUUAAAUGACAGGAGGCUGGAGUCUGUUGUGAACGACAGCCUCAGAUCACAGCUGCUCCCUCAACAUGGCACCGAAGGACCCUCUGCUCGGCACCCUCAAAGUAUGUGUCCUCCACCUGCAGUCAGAUGGAGGGAUGGUGUCAGACACCAACCCUCACCUCGCCUCCUGCUGUGAGCUUCUGGAGCUGGUCCUCAGGAAGGGGCUCCAACAGCCAGUUAUCAGUCUGGUACACAGAGACUACUGGCAGUGUUUUGAACAGCUUACCCACCAAGAUGCCUGUGGCAGGCUGUCUGCCCUGUCCUUGGUGGUGGAGCAGACCAGAGUUUGCAGGAAGCUGCUCUCAGCUCAGGGCCGAGGCCGCUACCUGCUCAGACUGGCCCUCAGCCGCAAGGCUCUGCCACAGUUCAUCACACACCUGCUACACACACCCAGAGUCUUGGAGUGGUACAGUCCAGCAGCGUCAAUCCUCAGGAAUGAGGAAUUUGUGGAGCCUUUCAUGUCGCUGCUGCUGGUCCUCUCUCACAUGGAGUUUAAACUGGACAUGGAGAAUUGCAGUUUUCUGGAUGAGAGCUGGCUCCUACCGGUGUGUGAGAUAUAUGAAGUAGUGCCCUGUCGGGAGGUAGGGAUGGUGUUGAGGUAUCUCAGUGGCCGCGUCUUCGUCCUCGACCUGAUGCCUGGUAGUCAGGCUCACGUCGACAGGUUUAUCUGCCCCGGCGACAUUAUUGAUGAGAUCAACGGCACCUCGCUGAGAAAUUCCAAGAAUGGACAGGCAGGUGUGGUUCUGUCUCGGCUGAAGGGCUGCCCCUUGUCCAUCAGCGUCCUGCGAUGGAGGGCUCAGGAUGGAACAGUUUAUCGGCCCCUUAUCAAACUCCUGCGGGACCUGAGGAUGGAGAACCCCACCCUGCAGCUUGGUCCCGCUCCGUCCCAGCAGUCAGCCACCAAGGACCAGAGAAACUCUCCAUCACAGUGUCUCAAAGAGGGAAGGAUUGUGUACAUAGUGCAGUUCUUGGGAAAAACAAACAUUGGAAUGUUUGGGGGCAAAGAGGUGCUGCAGCAAGCCAUCCCACAAGUGUUGCAGAAAAACCUGCCUAGCCAGGAGGUGCUUUUAGAUAUGAAGGAAACACAUUUGACAUGCACAGACAGAAGCAGUAAAGUGGAGCUCUUUGAGCAUCACUAUCCAGAGAUUUCAUGCGUAGGGAGAUUUGGUCGACCAGAUUACACAGUAUUUGCAUUCUGUGUGGCAGACUCCCCAGAAACCCCUCAGUCCACAGGCUUCUGCUGUGUGGCGCUCAGAGCCAGCAGCAUCAAGGAGUGUGAAGAGAUCGUCUGCCGUAUUGCUACUGGUUUCAAGCAUACGGAGUGGUUUGUAUGACAAUUCCCCAACAGUGGUCAACUCUUGUUUUAUGUGUUGUAAAUAAAUGUAAAAUGUGUCAAAUCAUAUACUGCAUUACUUCCUGAAUACCACAACACACAGUUUUCUACUCAUAAAGACCUUUAAUAGAAAGACAUGUGACAACAUUUUCAUAAAUAGUAUUAAAUGUAGCUGCCAAGAUUUAUGUUGAAAAACAUGUAAAAAGCAGUCCAGAAAAAUACAGGUGGGGUCUGCCAUGCUCCAUGCCACUGAGCGCAUAGCAUCAACUGUUGUAGCCGAUGCCCAUGACACCGCAGUGAGACCUGUUGAGCACAACAUGCUGGCAUUUUGUGGUAAAUGUUAGGUGGGUUGAGAAACCCCAGACCCCAUGGAAGAUGUGAAGAAGUCAUCCUUGAAAAGAUAACACCAUCCUUGGAGAGCCUGAUACCCACACAGAACCUGAAGGGUGGUAUGAUGGCUGUAACAUAAUGACCCAUGAUGGGAUAGGCAGACAGUCCUACUGCACAACAUUUCCAACUACCUUAAGUUUACCCAGUCUUGUGGAAUGAUUGAUAUUGUCCCAGUCUAAAAUACAAUACAAAAUUCAAAAAGUAAACUUAUAAAAAUACCCAAGAAAUAAAAA